AUGACGAAUUUCCACAUCCGCUGUCACAACGCGGUGACUCUUGCCCGGCAGCCCGUAACCCGCCGAGAACACAGGCACCUGGCUGCUGGGGCCGCACACGCAGGAGCACGUGGGCGGCCAAAGCCAGCGGAGCUCAGGUCGUCCAGGCCGGGCGCAGAGCAGGACCCGGGAAGCCCGCGCAGAACCUUGCCUCCAGUGGAGCCACACUCUGGACCACAGAGUGCCGGUCCUCCCGGGUCCCUAGAGCUGCCGGAAGUGCCUGUGGGUCGCUUCCGUCAGGCCCCGCGUCGUCCUGCAAGGCCGCUGGCUCGGACCGUUCGUCAGGCAUUUGCAGCUGGGACGCCUCCUGCAGGUUGGCUGAUCAAAGAGGAAAAAGCAGCAGUGUCUGCCAUGGGGGCUACAGCUCCAUACCUGCAUCACUCAGGUGACAGUAACAGAGGCCGGGUGAGUUUUCUGGGGGCCCAGCUCCCCCCAGAACUGGCAGCAAUGCCCCGGCUCCUGGGGGACCUGGACAGGGGCACAUUCAGGAAGUUGUUGAAACUUGUGGUUAGCAGCCUGCAAGGAGAGGACUGCCAGGAGGCUGUGCAGCGCCUCGGGGCUGGUGCAGACCUGCCGGAGGAGCGGUUGGCCGCACUGCUUGCUGGCACACACACCCUGCUCCAGCAGGCACUCCGGCUGCCCCCCACCAGCCUGAAGCCCGAUGCCUUCAAGGACCAGCUCCAGGAGCUCGGCAUCCCCCAAGACCUGGUCACGGACUUGGCCAGUGUGGUGUUUGGAAGCCAGCGGCCUCUCCUCGACUCUGUGGCCAGGCAUCGGGGGGCCUGGCUGCCCCAUGUCGCCACCUUGCGGUGGAGGGUGGAUGUGGCGAUCUCCACCAGCACCCUGGCCCGCUCCCUGCAGCCAAGUGUCCUCAUGCAGCUGCAGCUUUCGGAUGGGUCAGCCCACCGCUUCGAGGUCCCCGCAGCCAAGUUCCAGGAGCUGCGGUACAGUGUGGCCCUGGUCCUGAAGGAGAUGGCUGACCUAGAGAAGAGGUGUGAGCACAGAUUGCAGGACUGAGGGACUGCCAGGCUUGUGGUCCCUGGGGGGCUUCUGGCAGGCAGGGAACUCCAAGGCAAAGCCUGCCUUCCCAGGUGGCACUCUUCAUAUAAAGUACAUAUGAUGUUAUUCUCUGUUUAAUUGAAAAAGACAGCUGUAUCUUCAUUUUUUGGAAGUAAAGUACUGUAGAAACAUGUUCCUCUAA